AUGCGAGUAUCUACCAAGGAGGUCAUUGCCGCUGUGUCGGUCUGGGCUUGGAGUGCUGCAGCACUGUCCAUCCCUGCCAUCCGCGAUGUCGCCAGUCAGAUCUGCCCUCGAUCGAUGGAAGAGAUGCAGCAGCUGCAGGACAAGCUCUCUCCCACAGCUAAGAUCUACUUCCCCGGCUCGACCGAGUUUGUCGAGGCUUCCGUCCGCUGGUCCAACUUGCACGCUCCCACUGUGAAUGUGGUUGUUGUGCCUGGUACAGAGCAGGAUGUUUCCGAGACGAUCAAGUUCGCCAACAAGCAAAACAUCCCCUUCCUCGCGUACAAUGGCCAUCACGGUGCCACCACCACUCUGGGAAGCAUGAGCUAUGGCAUCGAGAUCUUCCUGAAGCAGCUCAACAGCAUACAGAUUGCCACCGACGGUAAGUCGGUCACUGUCGGAGGAGGAAUCAACUCCAAGGUGGUUACCGACACUCUCUGGGCCGCUGGCAAGCAAACCGUCACUGGCACCUGCGAAUGUGUCAGUUACCUUGGCCCUGCUCUGGGUGGCGGCCACGGCUGGCUUCAGGGCCACCACGGCCUCCUCGCUGACCAGUUCCUUUCAAUGAACGUCGUGCUCGCCGACGGUAGCAUCAAGACCAUUGACGAAAACUCAGAUCUCUGGUGGGGGAUGAAGGGUGCCGGCCACAACUUUGGUAUUGUCACUUCGCUCACCUCCAAGAUCUACGACAUCCAGCACACCAACUGGUCCAUUGUCACCUUCAUUUUCAGCGGCGACAAGGUCGAGGCUGUUUACGAGGCCGCCAACAAGUUCCUGCCCAAGAAUGGAAAGCAGGCUACCGACGUCCACAACUGGUCGUACUGGCUUCGCAGCUCAGAUCUUGACCCUGUCAACCCUGUUAUCAUUUUCUACCUGAUACAGGAAGGUGUCAAUGCCGUCGACUCUGCCUACUCGCAAGCAUUCUACGACAUCGGGCCCAUCGUCGCCACUCCCCAGACUGGAACAUACCGCGACCUGGCGAAAUGGACCAAUAUCGCCAUGGAUUCGCAGCCCUGCCUUGACCUUGGCACCAACAACCCCCGCUUCCCCAUCUACCUCGAUUCUUACAACGUUGCUGCCCAGAAGAAGGUCUACGAGGCAUUCGCCGAGGUUACCAGCGGCUCCUCUGCCUUCAACGGAUCUCUCUUCAUGUUCGAGAGCUACGCUGUCCAGGGCGUCCAGGACAUCAGUGCUGCCUCCAGCGCUUUUGCCUUCCGCUCCGAGAGCAUUCUCGCUGCCCCCCUCCUCUCCUACACGCCCAAUGGCUCAGCACUGGAUGAGCAGGCUACCAAGUUUGGAAACAAGCUUCGCAAUAUCCUUCACCAAGCUACCGGCAGAGAUCUCCUGCGCACUUAUAUCAACUACUCGUUUGGCGAUGAGACACAACAGGAGAUUUACGGAAACGAAAAUUGGAGGCAGUGUCGUCUCAAGACCCUGAAAAAGAAGUACGAUCCAGAAGGCAAGUUCAGCUUCUACGCCCCCGUUGUUUACAACGAGCACAAGUAA